UGCCGCCAUGCCCCAGCCACAGGCUAUCCACGGGCCUAGGCGCAGCGGCCCGAGAUAGGGUCCCUCGGCUCCCGGGGGAGGAGAGAAGGGAGCGAGCCUCGCGCUCCGCCCCUCCCCCCGGGCUGUCGCCUCCGUCGCAGCCGACACCUCGCCUCUUCAGCCUGGCGGGGAAAAGCAAGAGCACCAGGAGGCCACCGGGCCCGGCACAGCCACCCGCAGGGCAUUUCUGAUUCAUUUACAUCCUUGAAGAGCAUCUGUAGAAGAGAAAGAAAAAGAUGGGUGUGAAAACAUUUACUCAUAGCUCCUCUUCCCACAGCCAGGAAAUGCUUGGAAAGCUAAAUAUGCUGCGAAAUGAUGGACAUUUUUGUGAUAUCACUAUACGUGUCCAGGACAAAAUCUUCCGGGCGCACAAGGUGGUACUAGCAGCUUGCAGUGAUUUCUUUCGCACCAAACUUGUGGGCCAAGCAGAGGAGGAGAACAAGAAUGUGUUGGAUUUGCAUCAUGUUACAGUGACUGGCUUUAUACCCCUUUUGGAAUAUGCUUACACAGCCACUUUGUCAAUUAACACAGAAAAUAUUAUUGAUGUUCUAGCUGCAGCCAGCUAUAUGCAAAUGUUUAGUGUUGCUAGCACCUGCUCAGAGUUCAUGAAAUCAAGCAUUUUAUGGAAUACCCCCAGCAGCCAAUCAGAAAAGGGUCUGGAUGCUGGACAAGAAAACAAUUCUAACUGCAAUUUUACUUCUCGAGAUGGAAGCAUUUCUCCAGUCUCUUCAGAGUGCAGUGUGGUAGAAAGAACCAUUCCUGUUUGCCGAGAAUCUCGGAGAAAACGCAAAAGUUACAUAGUUAUGUCUCCUGAAAGUCCUGUGAAGUGUAGCACACAGACAAGUUCUCCCCAGGUAUUGAAUUCUUCAUCUUCAUACUCAGAAAAUAGAAAUCAACCAGUUGACUCUUCUUUAGCUUUUCCCUGGACCUUUCCUUUUGGAAUUGAUCGAAGGAUUCAGCCUGAGAAGAUUAAACAGGCAGAAAAUACCCGGACUUUAGAAUUACCUGGCCCAUCUGAGACAGAUAGAAGAGUAGCUGAUUAUGUGACUUGUGAGAGCUCAAAAACUACCUUGCCUCUGGGUGCUGAAGAAGAUGUCCGGGUCAAAGUAGAACGGUUAAGUGAUGAGGAGGUUCAUGAAGAAGUGUCUCAGCCUGUCAGUGCAUCUCAGAGUUCACUGAGUGAUCAGCAGACAGUGCCAGGAAGUGAACAAGUUCAAGAGGAUCUUCUGAUUAGUCCACAGUCUUCCUCUAUAGGUUCAGUAGAUGAAGGUGUCACCGAGGGGUUACCUACACUUCAGAGCUCUUCUAGCACUAAUGCCCAUGCAGAUGAUGAUGAUCGUACAGAGCGACCAAGUCCAAAUGGUCCAGACAGACCUUUUCAGUGUCCAACUUGUGGGGUGCGAUUCACCCGCAUUCAGAACCUAAAACAGCACAUGCUCAUCCACUCAGGAAUUAAACCAUUUCAGUGUGACCGCUGUGGGAAAAAGUUCACCAGGGCUUACUCGCUAAAGAUGCAUCGCCUAAAGCAUGAAGGUAAACGCUGUUUCCGGUGCCAGAUAUGUAGUGCCACUUUCACUUCCUUCGGGGAAUAUAAACAUCACAUGAGGGUUUCUCGGCACAUUAUCCGCAAGCCUCGGAUUUACGAGUGCAAAACAUGUGGCGCCAUGUUCACCAACUCUGGAAAUUUAAUCGUGCACCUGAGGAGUCUGAACCAUGAAGCGUCAGAGCUAGCAAACUACUUCCAGAGCAGUGAUUUCCUAGUACCGGACUACUUAAACCAGGAGCAAGAAGAGACCCUUGUCCAGUAUGAUCUUGGAGAACACAAUUUUGAAAGCAACUCUUCUGUUCAAAUGCCUGUCAUUUCACAGGUCUCCUCCACUCAAAAUUGCGAGAGCACUUUCCCCUUGGGGUCUCUUGGUGGGCUGGCAGAAAAGGAGGACGAAAUGCCAGAGCAGUCAAAGAGCACUUCCUGUGCUGAGGCAAGCAGAGAGGAUCCCUCAAAAUCAGAGCUGUCUUCUAUAACUAUUGAGUGA